CAAAGUACAAAGCCGCUUGAUGCAAGUUUGUCACUUUGCUCCCAUGUACAUCCUUUCAAAAUGACGACAAAAGUAGUGACCAGAUGUGAUGCAAAAGAGAUUUUGACUUGAAAGUGUUUCCUGUGGUGAACUUGAAAGAGACGCUAACAGCCCACAGGUUGCCGGCAUGUCGACGCCAAAAUCUCAAACUAAGGACUUUAUAGAGGACUUGAGUGUUCUGCAAUGGGUACUGACCUUUCUCUUCUUAGGGGUUUCUUCCAUCAUCUUGUUGGUGGCUCUGAUGUUUACAUCAUUGUGGCUCUUUCCCACUCUGUACUUCAUAUGGCUCGUGAUUGACUGGCAGACGCCAGAGAAAGGAGGCAGAAGAAACCCAUCUGUGAGGAGGUGGAAGGUUUGGGAACACUACAGAAACUAUUUUCCAAUCAAGCUAGUGAAGACGGCUGAGCUGAAUCCAAAGAAAAACUACAUCCUCGGCUGUCAUCCGCAUGGUGUCAUGAGCAUGGGAGCGUUUGCCUGCUUCAACAUAGAAUGCUGCGGCUUCACCGAUGCUUUUCCUGGAAUGUACGUCUCCCUGGCCGUAUUGGCCGGACUCUUCCGGAUCCCUCUCUUGAGGGACUACCUCAUGGCGGCGGGCCUGUGUCCAGUCAGCAAGCCAAGCCUUGGCUACCUUCUGUCCAAGAGUGGCACAGGAAAUGCUGUGGUGAUUGUGAUAGGGGGCGCUGCUGAGUCCCUGGCCUCCCAUCCUGGAGUGCAAACAGUUCUUGUGAAGCAGAGGAAAGGCUUUGUCAGGCUCGCACUUGAGUAUGGGGCUGACUUGGUGCCUGUUUACUCCUUCGGGGAAACAGAGCUCUACCAGCAGGUUACCUUCCCAGAGGGCUCAUUGGGUCGAAGGUCACAGGACCUGUUCAAAAAGAUCAUGGGCUUCGGCCCUUGUUUGUUCAUCGGUGAGCGCUGGGCAUUGCUGCCCUCCAGGACUCCCAUCACUACAGUGGUGGGAAGUCCCAUCCAUGUGCCCCAGCGCAUCAAGCCAACCGAGGAGGAGGUCGAUCAUUAUCAUAAACUGUACAUGGAUGGCCUGUCAAAUUUAUUCCAUGAGCACAAGGUCAGCUGUGGACUAUCAGAGAGUCACAAGCUUUGUAUAAUUUAGAGGUUUCACUUCAUGACCUGCUUCAACAGACAAGGUGAACACAAGUGUUUAAAAUGAAGAAAAUGUAAAUGUAUAAUUUAACUCUGUGACGUUUUUUUACAACAUAGGUCAAACGUGACUUUUGACCCAAUGACCACUUUAAGUCAACUGUUGCUGGGUUUAAAUAAACACUGUUCACAAUGAGAA